AUGUCCACUUCGCUUCCCGGGCUUCACAUCAGCAGAAAGAUACCCUGGAAUGAGCCAGUAGAGACAUUUCAAUUUCGAUUCCGUUCCCGUCACAUCACAGCCAUCGGCCAGGCAGCCGACAACUACCAUCCCAAUGUCCGCCGCUUAAAAAUCCAGCCGACGCUCCUCGAUCAAGUCAUCAAAGCCAUUCUUUGCCUUUUCCCCAAGUUUGCGCAAGCCUACUUGCGGCGAUGGUUCCCUGAGUGGUACCUCCCGUCGGCCAUCGUCCUCAAGUCCCAGAAGCCCGACUGGGAAGAGGAAUUUGAUAACGAGCUGGCAAACUACCGGAGCCUGCAGUCGCUCCAGGGAACCGUCAUCCCGCGGCACUUUGGCGUUGUGCAAUUUGACGGCGUGCGGAGCCACCUCAUGGCCGACGUCGGCGGGGUGUGCAUUCCGUACACGACGGAGACGGCCGAGGAGGCGUAUGCCUAUAUCCGCAAGCGACUGCACGAGUCUCUUACGGCGCUUGCCUCAAGGGGCUUUGUGCAGGACGACGUGAAGCUCGACAACUUUCACGUCGUGGGCAACAGAGUCGUCGUGGUGGAUUUGGAGCGCGUGGAGAGAGGCAGGAGCCUCGACGAGAUGUCCAAAUUUGUCGAGUCGAGCAUACAGAUUCUGAUGCAGCAGUACCGGAAUUACUUGGAGAACCUGAGAGCGAGAUACCCUUGA